AUGGCUGAUGCAGGCGGCUGGAGCACCAUCGAAUCAGAUGAGGGCCUCUUCACCUCUCUGAUCGAGACGCUCGGCGUCAAAGACACCCAAUUCGAAGAGCUGAUCUCCCUAGAUGCAGACACGAUCCGAUCACUCGGCCACGUCUACGGCGUAAUUUUCCUCUUCAAAUGGACCCGCGAAGCAUCCGGCGCCCGCGCCGAAGCCCCCCUCGAUGGAACCUACGACCAAACCGCCACAGACAACAACGUCUUCUUCGCCGCCCAAACCAUCCAAAACGCCUGUGGCACCCAAGCCAUCCUCUCUGUAAUCCUAAACCACGACACCGAGACCCCAACAAGCCCGAACCCGGCAAUCCCUCUCGGCCCUGAACUGCAAGCCUUCAAAGAUUUCACGACGGGGUUCCCGGCCGAGCUGCGCGGCGAAGCACUCUCAAACUCGGAAGCUAUCCGCACGGCGCACAAUAGCUUUGCGCGGGCUAGUCCGUUUGCAGACGAGACGGCUAGACCUCAGGAUGACGAGAAGGGGGCGGACGUUUACCAUUUUAUUGCUUACACGCCUGUUAACGGGACUUUGUAUGAGCUUGAUGGGUUGCAGCCGUAUCCUAUUAGCCAUGGGAGUUGUGAGGCUGAAGCGUUUCCCGAGAGGGUGAUUGAGGUUUUGCAGAGGAGGAUUGAGAGGUAUCCCGCUGGAGAGACGCAUUUCAAUCUUAUGGCUGUUGUGAGAGAUCCGAGGGAGAGGGCGAGGGAGAUUGGAGAUGUUGAGACAAUUGAGAGGGAGGAGAGGAAGAGGGCGGCGUGGCAGUGGGAGAAUACAUUGCGGAGGUGUAAUUUUGUUGGGUUUAUUGGGGAGGUCAUGAAGGGGGUCGUGGGAAUGAAGGAGAAGCAACCUGGGGGGAAGGCCUAUGAGGAGUGGGUAGAGGGGGCGAAGAGGGAGACGCAGAAGAAGCUUGAGAUGAGACGUUAA